AAGUGAUGAAUGGUUUUCAAUACCAGAAGCACAGGAAGGGGAAACAGUUCCAGGAACGCCUGCUUCUUGAGAUCUCCACAUCUGUGGACUGGAGAGAGAAAGGCUACGUGACUCCUGUGAAGGAUCAGGGUCAUUGUGGCUCUUGUUGGGCUUUCAGUGCAACUGGUGCUCUGGAAGGGCAGAUGUUCUGGAAAACAGGCAAACUUAUCUCGCUGAAUGAACAGAAUCUGGUAGACUGCUCUGGGCCUCAAGGCAAUGAGGGCUACAAUGGUGGCUUCAUGGAUAAUCCCUUCCGGUAUGUUCAGGAGAACGGAGGCCUGGACUCUGAGGCAUCCUAUCCAUAUGAAGGAAAGGUUAAAACCUGUAGGUACAAUCCCAAGUAUUCUGCUGCUAAUGACACUGGCUUUGUGGACAUCCCUUCAUGGGAGAAGGACCUGGCGAAGGCAGAGGCAACUGUGGGGCCCAUCUCUGUUGCUGUUGGUGCAAGCCAUGUCUCCUUCCAGUUCUAUAAAAAAGGAAUUUAUUUUGAGCCACGCUGUGACCCUGAAGGCCUGGAUCAUGCUAUGCUGGUGGUUGGCUACAGCUAUGAAGGAGCAGACUCAGAUAACAAUAAAUAUUGGCUGGUGAAGAACAGUUAUAAAUUCUGGGGUAAAAACUGGGGCAUGGAUGGCUACAUAAAGAUGGCCAAAGACCGGAGGAACAACUGUGGAAUUGCCACAGCAGCCAGCUACCCCACUGUGUGAGCUGAUGGAUGGUGAUGAGGAAGAACUUGACUGAGGAUGGCACAUCCAAAGGAGGAAUUUAUCUUCAAUCUACCAGCCCCUGCUGUGUGGAAUGCACACUUCAAUCAUUGAAGAUCCAAGUGUGAGUGGAAUUCUGAUAUUUUCACACUGGUAAAUGUUACCUGUAUUUUAAUUACUGCUAUAAACAUGUUUGUAUUAUUG